CAUCAGCCUCUUCACUCCCAUAGCGUCCGCUGCACCUCAACGUCUGGAACUGGCCGUCCACCACUGCAGGCAGGGCGCCCUGAUGGCACACAACGCCGCUGCGGUGACAACGGCGCUAGGCCUCACCAAGCCCAACGCCGUGGAGCUGCUCCAGGUCACUUUCGGCGCCAUAGAUAUCCAACCAUCCGACUGGAAGGGAGAUGUACUUGCAGUCCUGGUUACGGAGAAUCAUCUGCUGAGAAGCCCGGGCUCCUCCACGUUCGAGAACGCCGUCCUGCAGAGGCUGGACGGCCAGCUCGGCGGCCUUCUGUCGGAGGCCACAGCGGAGGAGGACUUCGCCGGGAAAUCCGGCCAGUCGCUGGUGCUCCGCCUCCAGGGGCAGGGCUUCAAGCGGCUGGGCCUGAUCGGUCUCGGCCGGGUCGCCCCGUCCACGGCCGAAGCAUGCCGGAGCAUCGGCGAGUCCGUCGCGUCGAUCGCCAAGUCUGCUCGAGCUGCCAGCGCUGCUGUCGUUCUAGCCUUCCCCGGUGGAAUCCAGGAAGAGUUCAAGCUUAAUGCUACUGCAGCGAUUGCUUCCGGAAUUGUCCUCGGGUUGCAUGAGGACAACAGAUACAGAUCCGAGUCCAAGAAAAUGCAUCUCAAACAAGUUGAUCUCAUUGGAUUGGGAUAUGGUCCUGAGGUGGACCAGAAACUCAAACUAGCCGAUCAUAUUUCCUCGGGCGUGAUAUUCGGAAAAGACCUUGUGAACUCACCUGCUAACGUCCUUACCCCUGUUGUGCUUGCGGAGGAGGCGUCGAAUAUCGCUUCGACAUAUAGUGAUGUAUUCACCGCCACGAUAUUAGAUGAGGAGAGGUGCAGAGAGUUGAAGAUGGGCUCCUACUUGGGUGUUGCUGCAGCUUCUGCAAAUCCUCCUCGCUUUAUUCACCUGUGUUAUAAACCUCCUGGUGGGAAUAUCAAGAGAAAGCUAGCCAUUGUGGGCAAGGGUCUAACUUUUGACAGCGGUGGAUACAAUAUCAAGGUUGGACCAAUUUGCAGUAUUGAGCUGAUGAAGUGGGACAUGGGAGGCUCUGCCGCGGUAUUUGGUGCAGCGAAAGCGUUGGGCCAAAUCAAGCCUCCUGGAGUAGAGGUCCAUUUUAUUGUUGCUGCCUGUGAAAACAUGAUUAGUGGGACAGGCAUGAGACCUGGUGACAUCGUGACUGCUUCUAAUGGCAAGACAAUCGAGGUAAACAACACCGAUGCAGAGGGGAGGCUCACACUUGCCGACGCUUUGGUCUAUGCUUGUAAACAAGGUGUUGACAAGAUUGUAGAUCUGGCAACACUAACUGGUGCAUGCCGUGUUGCACUUGGUCCUAGCAUUGCCGGGAUUCUCACACAAAGCGACGAACUCCACAAGGAAGUCACCGCUGCAUCUGAGGUAUCAGGAGAGAAGUUUUGGAGGCUGCCAUUCGAAGAGAGCUACUGGGAAUCGAUGAAGUCCGGUGUUGCUGACAUGCUCAACACCGGUGCUCCACAGGGCGGCGCCAUAACUGCUGCACUAUUCCUGAAGCAGUUUGUCGAUGUGAAGGUUCAGUGGAUGCACAUCGACAUUGCCGGGCCAGUUUGGAGCCACAAGAAACGGUCGGCCACCGGAUUUGGCGUCGCCACCAUGGUAGAGUGGGUUCUCAAGAACUCCUCGUGACUAUACCCUUCCCUGGUCCCCCGAGGAUGAUAACACGUGAGGGGAGAAGUUACAUUGUCUAGUGUUCUCUUGUACCAAGAAGGGAAUUUUACAACUGUCCAUGUUUUUAUACGGAGUGGGUUAUAGAAUAAGUGAAUGCAUCUUUGGUGAAACUUCACAAAUGUCAUCUGCCCAUGUUCGAUUCCACUGAGAAUGCAUUGUGUGGAUGCAUCCAGGGCAUGUUAGCUGGUGUCGUCUCGGAUCUUAGCUAUUUUCACAUAUUUGCCAUUAAGAAGACACACAUGCAUAGACGAUCAAUUUUGUUCUGGCAAUGUGCAAUGUUAGUACAAGAAUGUUGAUGAUUCAGUGUAAGAAUAUAUGAUCUUUGGUGUA